ACAGUGACCAUCCCCAUACCCGUUCCACGCCAGUCAGUGGAGGGACUUUUGCCGUUACAUGACUCGGUAGGGCUACUAAAAAUUGGCCCUAACAGCAUCUUAAGGUCUAGGCUGGCAUGCAAUCCAUAAAUUUGACCAGACAUAUUUGGCAUGUUUCAUCGUCUUAAGAUCUUUAAUCCACCUACCUGUUUCCGCUGCUACACAGCAUCCUCCUUGAACUUUUACGACGAGACUUUCUUUGAACACGGUCCUUUUUUGCCCUUUUAUCCAAACGAUAUGGCAACAUGGUCCAGGGUCGAGCCAAGAGGCCUCAUCAGAAGGUCAAAACUGGAUGCAUGACUUGCAGAAAACGGCGCAUAAAGUGCGAUGAGGGGAAACCAGCUUGUCGGCAAUGUACAGAUUCUUUGCGGAGAUGCGAAGGCUACCAUCCUCCUCAGACAUGGCUCUUUAAAUCGCGUCCGAGCCCUGAAGGAUCCGAGACGAGCGCCGCUCUUAUUCCUGUCGUUUCUCACAUGGCACCCAUAGGUGAUGCCAACGACAAACGCUCCUUCCAGUUCUGGGUUGAACAAGCCGCACCCAUCUUCUCUUGCUACUUUGGCCACACUUUCUGGACUCAGCUCUUGCCGAAAAUCGGCUUUGUGCAGCCCGCCGUCAAACACAUGCUUAUUGCCACUUCAAACGUGGUAGAGUUCGCUGCUCUGGAUGGCCUGCCACUGGAUAACAAUGCAGCGUAUCAAUCUCAUUACACCCAAGCUAUCCAGGCGACGUGUUCUUCUCCGCAGGUGGAAAACGUGCUCAUGGCCUGUCUACUGUUUGCCUGUUGCGAAUUCAUGAAGGGUUCAGCGGCUGGUGGCCUUCACCACAUCCGAUCAGGCAUCAAUAUCAUUGAGGAAUGGUAUGGCUCAUUGUCCAAUCCGAAUGUCAAGAUUUCCGAGUCCGCGCGGCUCAUCAUUGGAGCCAUUGCUCCUAUCUUCAUGUCCUAUCUUGACAAGUCGCCGACGUAUGGAAUGGGAGACGUCACUGUCAAGAAGUCAACUAAUAUCGCCGUGAUUGCUCCCAGCCACGAGUUGCCCUUCAUCCCUCCUUUCACUCACAUACAUCCAGCACAUCAUGCUCUUGAUGGUGUCGCGCAUCACAUUGCGAGACUGAUGGACUGGAGAAGUGUUGGACAUACGCCUUCGCCGCAACGAAAGAUACAACACUUGUUGGACACCUGGCGCAUGACUUUCGAUGGAUAUGUCGAGAGCCUGACACCCGCCAGAAAAGAACGUUACGCUGUGGCAGUGCCCCUGUUACGCGUCUAUCACACCAUGUUCAGUGUCAUGUUUCGCGCGUCAUCCAGCAACUCCGAGGUCAUCUAUCACCAGUUUCUGGGAGAGUUUCAAUGGAUUGUGAGCAUAUACGACGAGUUUGCAGUACGUUGGACAGGCAAUGGCCCUCCCAAGUUCUCUUCCGGAGACGCCGGAAGCCUCGACUAUCACAUGGGAUUUAUACCUCCCCUCUUCUUCACGGCCACGAAAUGCCGCGACCCUGCCACAAGAAUGGCCGCCCUCAACCAGUUGGGCUCACUGCGAGUCGAGGAGAACAAUUGGACAAGUUGUACCGCGUACAUGAUUGCCAGGAAAAUCAUCCAAAUCGAAAACAGAAUGGCCAUCAUCAGCGACCGUGUAGGCCGCAACGACAAGCGUGACCUCAUCCGGCCUGUCGAGGCUUCCAUUACAGACAAACGGAAAACCCAAGCCACACUCGACUAUGCUGUUUUUCCUUAUGGAGGGGAUGCCGACCCUUUGCUACAUGAAACGGUCGACCUAUUGGAUUGUACUUCUUUACUUUCAUCCUCCAAGGUGCAAUGGCCGUUGAGCAGGAUUUUACGCAUAGGAGGUUAUCAAGGUGGAGGUGUGAAUCCAACGCCGACCGAUUGCUGUUGCGGCAUCCACUCUCCAAAGAGUGUCUUCACCCAUCAGCCGAAGACAUGAUGAUCAUGCAUAAUCGAGGCCGAUCGCCUGUUACUUCCGAUGAGCGUACACCAGAGAAGUUCCGGAAACGACCUGAAUCCA